AUGUGGUCUCAUUCCAUUGGUUGAUGAUCAAGCCCUUUUUCGUCAUUUGAUAUGCUAAUUCGGCCUAUAAAUUAAGAUCUGAGCCUCGCUGUUCACAUAUCAAAUUCAUAGAGCCUUGGGAUUAUCAGUUUGAAGCCUUCUUCGAAAUUCCUCUUUCAAGAUGCAAAUUUUCGUCAAGACCCUCACUGGCAAGACCAUCACCCUUGAGGUGGAAAGUUCUGAUACCAUCGACAAUGUAAAGACCAAGAUCCAAGACAAGGAAGGGAUCCCACCAGACCAACAGAGGCUUAUCUUUGCUGGUAAACAGCUGGAGGAUGGCCGUACCCUUGCUGACUACAACAUCCAGAAGGAAUCCACACUCCAUUUGGUCCUCCGAUUGAGGGGUGGUAUGCAAAUUUUUGUCAAGACCCUCACCGGGAAGACCAUCACCCUUGAGGUGGAAAGUUCUGAUACCAUCGACAAUGUAAAGGCCAAGAUCCAAGACAAAGAAGGGAUCCCACCAGACCAGCAGAGGCUUAUCUUUGCUGGUAAACAACUGGAGGAUGGCCGUACCCUUGCUGACUACAACAUCCAGAAGGAAUCCACACUCCAUUUGGUCCUCCGAUUGAGGGGUGGUAUGCAAAUUUUUGUCAAGACCCUCACCGGAAAGACCAUCACAUUGGAGGUGGAGAGUUCUGAUACGAUUGACAAUGUCAAGGCCAAGAUUCAGGACAAGGAAGGCAUCCCCCCAGACCAGCAAAGGCUGAUCUUCGCUGGUAAGCAACUUGAGGAUGGCCGCACAUUGGCUGAUUACAACAUCCAGAAGGAGUCCACACUCCACUUGGUGCUUCGCCUCCGUGGAGGAAUGCAAAUUUUUGUUAAGACUUUGACUGGGAAGACCAUUACAUUGGAGGUAGAGAGUUCAGAUACCAUUGACAAUGUUAAGGCAAAAAUUCAGGACAAGGAGGGAAUCCCCCCAGACCAACAGAGGCUGAUUUUUGCUGGUAAGCAACUGGAGGAUGGCCGUACCCUGGCUGACUAUAAUAUCCAGAAGGAGUCCACCCUCCACUUGGUGCUUCGUCUUCGUGGUGGUAUGCAGAUUUUUGUGAAGACACUUACCGGGAAGACCAUCACCCUGGAAGUUGAGAGCUCUGACACAAUCGAUAAUGUUAAGGCCAAAAUUCAAGAUAAGGAAGGUAUCCCUCCAGACCAGCAGAGGCUGAUAUUUGCUGGAAAGCAGCUAGAGGAUGGGAGGACCCUUGCAGAUUACAACAUCCAGAAGGAGUCCACCCUCCACUUGGUUCUCCGUCUCCGUGGUGGGAUGCAAAUUUUCGUGAAGACCCUGACUGGAAAGACCAUCACCCUGGAAGUUGAGAGCUCAGACACGAUUGAUAAUGUUAAGGCCAAGAUCCAGGAUAAGGAAGGAAUCCCACCAGACCAGCAGAGGCUGAUUUUUGCUGGGAAGCAACUUGAAGAUGGGAGGACCCUUGCAGAUUACAACAUCCAGAAGGAAUCCACUUUGCACCUGGUCCUUCGCCUCCGCGGUGGCUUUUAAGUGUGGUGCCGAACACCUGUCCAGUUAUUGUUGAUGUGUUAAGUUUGUUAUGUUUGUGGGUCGUAUGCUGAUGUGAGCUGGCCACUAGGCACAGGGGAAGCGUACAAGUAAAAAUAAUUGCUUUUUAUAAACGCUUUUAGUUGUUUUUUAGGUUUGAAUAAAUUCGUUUUUGCAUUCAA